AUGAGUGGAAAUGGUGGUGCCAACAAUGGCAUAAUCAUAGAAACAGGGGUCAUAGGUGGUGAUGGAAAAGUAACGUCAACUAUAAGUCCUCCGAUUGCGGUUCCCGCUGGUAUCGAAGCAAGUGGUAAUAGUGACAAUAACUCUGUCGUAAAGGGAGAAUUCUCAGAUCCAAACUUGAUCACACUCUGUAUUCCACUAAGAUAUACAUAUCUUACAAGGCCAUCAGAAACUACUGAGGCGGACUAUGAUGGUAGGAAAAAGAUCAUUGUAUAUGAGACCAAGUCGACUUCAUUGUGGAGAGAAGCUGAUGAGGAUGACAAAAAUAAGCAGUUUGUAAAAUCAAUGAGCGGCACUCAAUUCAUUGAUUGUUUGCCAUCUUUGAGAGCGGCUGUCAAUCAAAUUAACAAUGAGAAAAAUUCUUUAGUAACGGCUCGAAUGGGAGAAGACAGACUCUUGGAAAAUAUCGUGACUGUGGUGUUGGAUGGGCCGCGUGAAGAGGUAAAUAAACAGAGAGCUAAAUUAAAUCGUGGUUACUUUCAAGUUGAAAGAUGGGAUAUUGGUAUCUCAAAACAAUUGGUUUCAGAUAGUUUGAAUGAACAAGGAGAUUUCAAGUCAGCGCUGUAUUUAGGUUUGGAGGAAGUCGCUGAAUAUUGUGGCGUCUCUAUAUUCGUUACCAGUUUCACUGACAAAGCACUGUUUUCGGUCAAUAGUACAGAAGAAAACAAUUAUUUAAAGCACCAGUACGACCGAUUUGAUGGUGAUGAUUAUCAUAUCCUGAUCUAUGGAGACCAGGAUGCAGCGCGGUUUGCAAAUAUAAGAAUGCGAGUUAUUCUGUCGAAGUUAGCAAAUGGCAGUGAUUUUAUUGCUGAUUUGGUUCCAUUAGAGCUUAGUCUACAACCAUUAGUGGCUGGACCCCAAGCUGUAAAUCUUCAUUCCAUUCAGGAACAGGCAAGUGUGGACAUCUUCACAAUGGAUUAUCUUCCCGAGGUUCUCGGUUCUCUCAACCCACAGCUUUUUGAUGGGGAGGCCAUUGUUCGUGAUGUGGAUCAAUUAUAUAUAGUGGGCCCUAGCUCAGCUAAUGUAGAAUUGGCAAAGUUUUUGAUUGAGCAAGUGAAAACUAGGACACAGAUGGUGGUGAAAGACUGUGUAAUGUCGCAUGCCAAGCUUGAUCUACUCAUAAGCCGGUACCGCAACAAGAUACGUGAUAUUAUGAAUCGUUUUGCCACAUUUGUCCAGCUGCCUUACUUUUCUUCGAACAGAUCCCUUGUGAGAGUCAUGGGAACCACAGCCUCAAGUGUAGAAGCCUCAAUACAGGAAUUGAUGAGAAUGGCAGCAGACUUCUAUGAAGCUAACUACUGGAUUCAUGGUGGUAAAUCUGACGAAGAGGGUAUACUUGUAAGACCGAAUGGAGUGCUAAACCCCAAAUCGAUUGAAGCGUUACAAAAAAUUGCUGCUUCUAACAAUUGUAUUGUUACCACUCAAAACAACACGGCAUUUGAAAUUAUUGGCUACGGAUCAGAUACAAAAAGGGCGAUCGCUAUGCUGAAAUCAUUAUCACUAUGGGACGAUGAUAUCAGCCGACAAAAUGUUCAGAUUUCAUAUCAGCUAGAGGUAUCUUUAGACCUAAAGUCAUUUAUGGCAGGUAAGAAGUAUGGAAAGAUGCUAAGGAUCAUGUCCAACAGUAAUGUAUGGAUUAAGUUUAUUCCUUUCAAUGAAUACAACUUCUUUGUUGUACUCACAGCAGAUGACUAUUCCUCAUCGGAUUCUGGUAUCCAAUUACUAGAGGAUGAAUACCCUUCAGAAAUAUCUUUUCACAUUCCUGAUACUUAUCACAAAGAAAUUAUAGGUGCCGGUGGAUCAGGUAUUCAAGCUAUUAUGAGAAAGCACAAUGUGUUUAUAAAAUUCGGAAACUCACUGGAACUAUAUCCAAAUGCGAUCGCCCAACACAAGCUUAACAAUGUAGUUAUCCGAUGUCCGUCAAAGAAUGCCAAGAGCAUGACUUUGGCUAGAGAUGAAUUACUAAUUUCUGUGCGUGACAGGGUCGCAGAACAUUAUAAUACGUUCGUUCAUAUGCCACGAUCUCACAGACGAAUAAUAUUAAACGAAAACUGUGGGAUUAUCCGUCAAAUUGAAAGUAAAACCAAUUCAAUCAUUCAGAUACCUGAUCAUGAUAACUAUAGUGACAUUGAGAACGACUUGAUUGAAAUAAGAGGGCUUGGGACCUCGUCAGAAGAAGCCAGCCAACUGCUUCGCACUGCAUUACCCACUGAUUAUGAGUUCCGCGUCGCACAUUCUAGCAAGUUUACUAGCCUUGUAAAUGAGAAGCAGGGUGAUUUUUAUACCAAGAUCGUUGUCCCAUUUCGCAUUGCCUUUCAAUUCGAGGUAAUGGUGUAUAAUCAAGUGAAGUCCAAGAAGGGAGAUGAAACUGCUCCUCCAUACCAUAGGAUUGUAAUCAGUCACAGCCAUGAGCAUAUUAUGGGAUUAGAUGAAGCAAUUCAAGAGCUAACGACUUUCUUGAGAGAAAGAGAACUUGAUAUUAUUGAUAGGAGUAGAGUCAAAGAUGAUCCAAUUGAAUAUGGAUCUGCUGCAACUCUAGGACAUAAACGCGCAAAUUCUGCUCUGAAUGUCAACCACAAUCGAAUUCCUCAAAAGAAUCUCCCGCAUUCUCUUCCGACAGGACCAGCUGCUGUCUCUGGGGGCCACUCUAUACCCACGGGGCCAACUACGCCUAGAAGACUUAGAUAUGAGAGUAAGCAAUUACCACCCGGUGUUAGCUAUGGAGACGCCUUCACUUCUUACGAUGAUCGGUCUGGUUACUAUGAUUCCCGAUCCUCUGCCAUGUAUGAAACCGGGCUUGGUGUAGCACCGGUGGGGUCAUAUCGUGAUCAUCCUUUAUCACGACAAUUAGAAGCCGAGACUAAUCGGCAGUUUCAAUCUCGAGCCUAUGAUGGAGUUUCUGAAAGUGCUGGUAACUUCCCCUCUGGUUUCACGGACCGCUGGCAAGAUGAUGAAGUUUACGAACCUCGCCGUCGAGAUAGAUCUCCGCCUGCAGCCCCGAAAUAUAAUGAGUCUACUAUUCGUAAAAGAGGCUAUGGAAGUUAUUAUUAG